GGGCGCGGCAACGUCCCCCGGAAGUGGAGCCUGGGACUUCCACUCGUGCGUGAUCUGAGCGGAGCCGGAGACUAGACCGGAGGCCGAACUUGGGAUCUGACAAGAUGGCCGGGCUGCCCCGCAGGAUUAUCAAGGAAACCCAGCGUUUGCUGGCAGAACCAGUUCCUGGCAUUAAAGCAGAACCAGAUGAGAGCAACGCCCGUUAUUUUCAUGUGGUCAUUGCUGGCCCCCAGGAUUCCCCCUUUGAGGGAGGGACUUUUAAACUUGAACUAUUUCUUCCAGAAGAAUACCCGAUGGCAGCGCCUAAAGUACGUUUCAUGACCAAAAUUUAUCAUCCUAAUGUAGACAAGUUGGGAAGAAUAUGUUUAGAUAUUUUGAAAGAUAAGUGGUCCCCAGCACUGCAGAUCCGCACAGUUCUGCUAUCGAUCCAGGCUUUGUUAAGUGCUCCCAAUCCCGACGAUCCAUUAGCAAAUGAUGUAGCGGAGCAGUGGAAGACCAACGAAGCCCAAGCCAUAGAAACAGCUAGAGCAUGGACUAGGCUAUAUGCCAUGAAUAAUAUUUAAAUCAAUCUGAUCAUCAAGUGUGCAUCACUUCUCCUGUUCUGCCAAGACUUCUUCCUUUUUUGUUUGCAUUUAAUGGACACAGUCUUAGAAACAUUACAGAAUAAAAGCCCAACAUCUUCAGUCCUUUGGUGAUUAAAUGCACAUUAGCAAAUCUAUGUCUUGUCCUGAUUCACUGUUAUAAAGCAUGAGCAGAGGCUAGAAGUAUUAUCUGGAUUGUUGCGAAACGUUUAAAAGCAGUGGCCCCUCUCUGCUUUUACUCAUUUCCCCCAUCAUGAUUUAAGUAUAAAGCACUGUGAAUGAAGGUAGUUAUCAGGGUUAGCUGCAGGAGAAUGGGUGUUUUUCUUUAUUUUUUUUGAGGGGGGAAGUAGUUUUAAAUUUAUGGGCUCCUUUCCCCCUUUUUAUGGUGAUUUAAUUGCAUUGGUUAAAAGCAGCUAACCAGUUCUUUAGAAUAUGCUCUCUAGCCAAGUCUAACUUUAUUUAGACGCUGUAGAUGGACAAGCUUGAUUGUUUUGAACCAAAAUGGGAACAUUAAAUAUUACGGUCCUCACUAAUAACAUUGUGACUUUGCUGUCAAAUGUAGAAUCCUCCCUUCAAGAAAAAGCUUGUCACCAUUUUGUAUGGCUUGUCUGAAAACUUCUGUAAAUCCUAUGUUUUAGUAAAAUAUUUUUUGUUAUUCUACUUUGCCUUUGUACAGUUCAUUUUACUGUGUUUAUUUCAUUUUCCCAAUGUGACAAUCGUAUUUAAAAAUUAAAAUUGAAUGGAACAUUCUGUUUUGGUCUUCACCAUCUGACAAGUUGAAUGGCAGGAGGUGGAUUUUGCCAGUUUAUUCUCAUUGAUGCAAAUUUGUAUUAAGAUAUCACUGAAUGGAGUAUUUUUAAGCUGGCCCUGAGCAUGCUUAAAGCAUCCGUAUCUAACUUUUUUUUUUACCUCCUAGAAAUUUGAAAAAAAGUAUUUGUGUUGUCUGAUUAGCUAGAUGAUCACUGGUGUCUUGCCACAAUGUUUGAAAAUUACUGUACUUGAGAGUCCCAGCAAAGCAGCGGUGUGACUGGCUUUGUGUAGGACUUUCACAUGUUGUGCCACAUAUGUGACCGGCAUUUGAGUUAUGACCCUUUUCUUAGUUCUUGUCUGAAAACUUUGUGUGACCACUGAUGUGUGCUAUUAGGAAAUACCAAUCGGAUAAUGAUAUGGGGUUUGCUGAGCCACUUUUGAGUCUUCCUCAUAGACCCCAUGAACAAAUCUCAGACUACAGCUUGCGUGUCAUCAGAAAGUCGUCUUCAUUUGAGAGCUUCAAAUCCUCCAUGAUUUAUUCUUAUUUUCAUCCCUCUAGUAUUUGCUGUGGGAGCUCCUUUUAUUCUUUUAUUCUGAUAUUCAGUAACAUUUUUCUGUAAUGACAGAGUUCCUCCUUUGACAAAACUGUUCUUUCCCAUUCUCCAUAUCUAAUUCCUGAUUGUUGUUAUUUUUAAGUUCAUCAAUGUAGACAGUCCCAAGUAUGUAAAUAUUAAUCUAUGGGUUGGAACCCUUGUCUCUUGCAGUUUCAAGGUAACGGAUAUUGUAGCCCAUAUCUGAAUUUCCCCCACUCUUAAUCUCGUAACUUUUGGAGUUUCUUCAGAAUGUGGUGUAUUUUACUGUGCCUCCUAUAUGUAAGAUGAAGAAUUAUCUAUUAAAAUUACAUUUUCAACAUACAGAA